AAAUCCAGAGCAAUGCAAAUGCUAACUGGAUUGGCCGCAGGAGCCGCUCGUGGGGAGCGGUUAGCAAUGCAAAGUCGGUCCGCUUUAUUUGCGGUUCAGUCGGCGUGCUGCAGGGGGAGGAGGCGACCAAAAGUUUUAAAAAAAGCCGAAACGCGCGGCACUUGGAAGGUGAACCUGAACCUCAGAACUGACCCCGAAUUUCAAGAGCCGGACUUUUAGCCUGGUUCGAUUUAGCCCACGUCUCACUGGGGGCAGAUAUCUGGAAGGUGGUGAAGCAGCGGAUGGGAAGGAGUGGAGGAUCACCGGUCUUAAGGCACAAAAAGCCAGAGGAGCUGCAUAGCCACAGGGACGACGAGGUGACAUUUAAAGGAGGACAAGUCGGAAGGUAUGAAGCAGUCCCCAUCAUGAAGUCCAAAGGCAAAGCCUCCAAAUUCAGCCGCAGGUCCUCCAUCGAGGCCGAUCGGGAGCUGCAGGUGGCAGAGCCGGACACCGACGGACCAAGACCGCGAAGGAAGGCCGCCAGCGAGGACGCGACGCCGAGUGCCCGACGCAGGAGGCCCCUGAGCAGCUGCAAGGAGCGCAACGCCCGGCGGCUGGAGAGCAACGAGCGCGAGCGCCACCGAAUGCACAAACUCAACAACGCGUUCCAGGCGCUGCGGGAGGCGAUCCCGCACGUCAAGACGGACAAGAAGCUCUCGAAAAUCGAGACCCUCACCUUAGCCAAGAACUACAUUAAGUCCCUUACCGGCAUCAUCCUGGACAUGUCCAGCGGCGUCCUGCCCGCGGCGGUGGCCGGCGACAGCGCAGGCGCCUCCCGACUCAUGCAGUCCCGCCGGCCCGAGCUGGACGAGGCCGGCGGCGAGCGCUUGGCUCAGUACCUGACACAGAUCACCGGCUACCGGGAGGGCAGCUGACCCCGGCAGCGAAGGCUUGGGCGUCACGGCGAACCGAUGACGCCACGGACUGUUGGACUUAAUGGACACCGUGGUGGUGGGGUGCACCCUUGGCACCCGUGCCCCGCAGGGUGAGAGAUGGGCACCUCCCGAAAUGGAGACACUUGAUUAAACGGCCGCGUGUGCCUUGAAGGAUUGUGGGUCUGCUCGAAAGCCCCCCAGAGACGAUAAACGGCGGGGGCCCGGCCCAGUGCCUUACCAUUCACACACCGUUGGCACUGCUUUGGAAAAGUCUGCGAGGGCUGGCACGAUGCGCAGCGGGCAGAGCUCAGCUGAUGCUUUCUCUUCACAUUUCAAUAAAGUUUCAGUUUUUCACCUCAA